UCUUCUCUUUCUUUCCACGAGAGGAGCCAUGGCUACUGCUGCUGCUGCUGGAGCUGUUGCUAACUUAUUGCCAUCAACUCGCUGUGAGCUCCACAACAAACCUCUGAACUUCUUCUGCCAGAAUGAGUUGGCUUUGAUCUGCACCCAGUGUGCCAAAAGCAAGAAGCAUCACACUCACACUGUUCUUCCCAUCAAAGAAGCAGCCCAAAAAAAGAAGGCUGAAAUCCAGAAUCACGUGAAAAAGGGAAGAGAAGUUGCUAGGCUGUAUGAGAAGCAUGUUGAAGUAAGCACUCAGAAACUAUCGGAAAGGUCAGGAGAAGAACAACUCAAGUUGGUGCAUGAAUUUGAACAGUUCCACCAGGCUGCCAAGGACCAAAUGCAGUUCUUGAUUUCCCAUCUGGAAGAACUGAAAAUCGACAUCUUAGACUAUCAGAAAAAAAACCACGCCAGGCACACCGCCAACACAACCCAACUGAACACCUUGAUUGGAGACAUAGAGAGGAAGUGUGAUCAGCCAGAGGCUGAAUUCUUGAAGCAAAUGACUCAGAUCAACAGCUUGGUCAGUAACUUAGAGAAACUACGCCACGACCUUCCUGAAGAAUGCCUCAAAGAAUAUUUAGUUAUUUCAAACUGCUUUGGUGAAGGAAAGUAUGAGGAAAACAAUCUUGGUGACCUGGAACAGAGAUUGGACAAAGUCAUUGAACAAAAUAAAGUUCUGAAGAAGACACUGAAGGCAUGGAAAGCUAAGAUGCAAACCGAAUUAAUGAAAAUCAUGGACAACUGCCUGAAAUCUUAUGAGAAAGCAAAUGUGUUCUUUGAUUCGGACACCCUGAGUCCCAUGCUGGAUCUUUUAGAUUGUGAGAUGACUGUCAAGUGGAAUACAAAAGUGAAGGGAAAAAUCCCCUACCACUGGAAGAGAUUCGAAAAAGAAUCCUGCGUGCUGGGAAGCGAAGGGUUCACUGCAGGGAGAAUCUACUGGGAAAUAAAUGUGGAAGAAGGGGAGAUCUGGGCCGUGGGGGUGGCCAAAGAGUCAGUGGAGAGGAAGCACGUGGUACAUUUUGCUCCCGAAAACGGCAUUUGGGGACUGGGUUUAGUUGAGGGGGAAAAAUACGUGGCAUUUACUAAUUCUGGUGUUGUUCCUUUGUACCUCUCUGAGCCUCUCCAAAAAAUCCAGGUAAAUCUAGAUUACACUGCAGGGCAGGUGUCAUUUUUCAAUGCUGAGACCAACCGUUGGAUCUUUACCUUCCCUCCCGCAAACUUCUCUGGAGAAAAUAUCUACCCUUGGUUCUGGAUUAAGAGAGGGCUGCUCAAUCUGCCAGAUACAGGCUUUGAAGAGCUGGCUGCUGACCUUGUGUGGGGAAGGUAUAGCGAGGUGCCUCUUUAUGGAGACCCCUGGGAAUUUUUUUAUGGCUCUGACUGAAGUCCUAAGCAGACUGGCCAUCUCCUGCCAUGCGUUCUCCUUGGUUCCUAUUAAUCAGAUGUUUUAUUCCCUGGUUAGAGGCAUGGAGGCCCAGCUUCAGUGUAGAAGCUUCAGAUUUGGAUGGCCAUGAUUGAUUUCCCAGAAACCUGAAUGAACAACUAGUAUGUGAGAAUCCCUGACUAUAUUUUAGGUUACAUAAUACUAGAGGAACACACACAUAUAUAUAUCUUUAGUGUCACAAAAUAUAUGGUAUGCCUGGUAUGCCCAAAUAUAGGAGGAAGGAUACUGCUUCCUUUUUCUGUCUAUCGGCUCAUCACAAGAGACCAUCA